CUCUUUAAUCAGUGUACAAGGGCAGUGACCCAUAUAUUUUUUGUCAACGCGCAUGCGCAUUAGGUUGUGCAAUUUCCUUUUCACUGGAACUGUGUGCUGGACUCCAGUGGUAUUACUUUUUAUUUCUCUGACAGUUUUUGCUCAUCAAGAGGAUUUCGAGUGUCUUUUAUGAGUAAUCAAAGGCAGCAGAAGCCUACGCUAACAGGCCAGCGUUUUAAAACUCGAAAAAGAGAUGAAAAGGAGAGAUUUGACCCUUCCCAGUUUCAGGAGAGCAUCGUACAAGGUCUAAACCAGACUGGCACUGAUUUAGAGGCGAUUGCAAAGUUCCUUGAUGCCUCCGGUGCCAAGCUUGACUACAGGCGCUAUGCUGAGACUCUGUUCGACAUCCUGGUGGCUGGUGGAAUGCUGGCCCCAGGUGGUACUCUGUCGGACGACGUGACCUGCACAGACGUCUGUCUCUUCAAAGCUCAAGAGAACAUGGAGACCAUGCAGGCAUAUGCACAGCUCUUCAACAAACUGAUCAGGCGUUACAAGUAUUUGGAGAAAGGGUUCGAGGAGGAGAUUAAAAAGCUGCUGCUGUUUCUCAAGGGCUUCACAGAGUCUGAGCGCAACAAGCUGGCUAUGGUAACGGGAAUUCUGCUGGCCAAUGGCAAUCUCUCUGCAGCCAUUCUCAUCAGCCUCUACAAUGAGAACCUGGUCAAAGAAGGUGUUUCAGCCUCCUUUGCCGUAAAACUCUUCAAAUCCUGGCUUUCUGAAAAGGACAUCAGCUCUCUUGCUAACAGUCUCCGAAAAGUUGGCAUGGACAACCGACUCAUGGAGCUGUUCCCUCCCAACAAGCGCAGUUGUGAGCACUUCUCCAAGUAUUUCACAGACGCCGGGCUCAAGGAGCUUUCGGACUUCGCCAGGAACCAGCAGUCCAUAGGUGCUCGCAAAGAGCUGCAGAAAGAGCUUCAAGAGCAGAUGUCACGUGGGGAGCCGCUCAAAGAUAUCAUCGCCUACGUCCAAGAGGAAAUCAAGAAGAACAACAUCUCGGAGCAGAUCAUGAUCGGACGAAUCUGGUCCAGCGUGAUGAGCUGUGUAGAGUGGAACAAGAAGGAGGAGCUCGUCACAGAACAAGCCAUCAAACAUCUGAAGCAAUACAGCCCACUGUUGAAGGCUUUUACCUCCCAGGGCCUCUCCGAACUCACUCUCCUGCUGAAGAUCCAGGAGUACUGUUACGACAACAUCCACUUCAUGAAGGCCUUCCAAAAAAUAGUUGUGCUGCUCUACAAAGCGGAUGUCUUGAGCGAGGAAGCGAUCCUGAAGUGGUAUAACGAAGCCUGUCUGGCCAAAGGAAAAAGUAUCUUCCUUGAACAGAUGAAAAAGUUUGUGGAAUGGCUCAAGAACGCAGAAGAAGAGUCUGAGUCUGAGGAAGAAGAGGCAGACUGAGAGCCACUUUACAGUACAUCAACACAAUUCUAAAUGCAGUUCGAGUUUUUUUCAGAAAUCUAUUACUUUUGUUUUCUUUUUCUAUUCUCUACCUCCACCUAAAUUCAGCAUAAGGGCUUUAAUAUUUUAUUUUCAACAGUUUCUGACUAGAUCGAUGUGUGUAUUCUCCUGUAACCCCUUUAAAAUUAGCCAGAGUUUAGGCAAAUUUCAAAUAUAUUGUGUUUAGAUGCGUACCUGUGACAUCCUAGGUCCCAAACAUGUUUCAUACAAGUACAUGGAAGUAACUGAUGCACAUCGGCAAGUCAACCCUUGUCCUCUGUGUCAGAACUACAUGAGUGUAGAGGUAGUUAUCUUUUUUUUUUUUAUAAUUAUUUUAAUAUUUCCUUCCAAUGCAGGACACACAGUGAACAGACAGAAGCUAACAACCCUUUCACUAUUCGAGUUUAGCGGCAGGAGCGUUGCAAAGCGGAUCGGGUCGGCUUUAGGUUAGUUUUCAUGCUAUACUGCCCCUAGUGGAGACACUCAGGCUGCAGCUUUUUAGUUUACUAGCCUGUUGUAUUUGUGUAAACCGGGGCUUUAUUGUUAAGGACAUGUUGGCUAAAUAUUUGACAACUUUGAGUUUGCGGUUUUUAGAUUUGGUCUCCUGUGCCGUUUUAAACAGCGGUAGUGUUUAUGGCUGCUGAACCGUGUCAACUUGGUGGGAUUUCAUUUCCUUUGUUGUACAGUUUGGCUCUUUUAAUAAAUGGAAAUAAAUGGGUUUUAAUUGC